AUGACUGAAGCUGAAGAUAUUACUAUUGAAUUAAUUUCAUUUGGUCAUUCAUUUGGUGUUCCACAAAAUAUUGAUUUAUUAUAUUCAGUACGUCAUUUCCCAACAACUAAUGUUGAAAACUAUCAACAAUACGAUGGACGACAUAAACGAAUACAAAAUGAAUUAUUAAAUUUGGUGGAAUAUGAUGAUUUAAUAAAAAUGAUUACAGAACAACUAUCAAUUUUCAUUCAUAAUCAAAAGAAAAAUUCAAUAAAACUAGCAGUUGGAUGUGAACAAGGUCAACAUCGAUCAGUCGCUGUUAUUGAACGACUGGCUGAAUUGUUAAAAGUAACUUAUAAUGUCGAAGUAAAUCAUCGAGAUUUACAAAGAACAAGAUAUGAUAAGAAGAAACAAAAAGAAAGAACCCAGAAUAGAGACAAAAAAUAUACUAAUUAUGAUGAAAAUAAUUAA